AUGUUAGCAACAUUAACUUCCGAUGGGGCGGCUGGGCUCGGUGCACCAGCGAACGACUCAGUCGCCAGCAAUGGAGCACAGAGGCGACCGUCCAGUCCUCAGCGGUUCGUGGAUGCCAACGGCGUGCCCGUACGGAUACCGAAACUCGCCGUUCGCAACCGCAGACCACCGGAGAACAGCGAUACCAACGACACCAACGAAAGACCUACGAAUAUGAUAGCGUACGCAAGGAGCGAGGGCGGAGGCUCAGGACCACCUUCUUCCCGCUCGUCUCAAGGCACUUCAACGCCCGGUUCAAGCCGGAGCGCGAGCGACGAUACUCUUCCGACAAGACGGUCAUUCGCCAGCCGAGAUGGGGACAAAGGCGGCAAGCAAGCAGCGGGCAAGAAGAAGAAGGGCGGUAUGCUUGGGUUUCUGACGCUGAAGGAGCCGUCCACAUCAGCUUGGGCAGAAUUCGCAGAGGCGGAGAAGGAGAAGGCAAGACAGAAAGGCGCCCGAAGCACUGCAGUAGGAAUGCGGGGUGUUUCGACUCAAAAGCUGCCAGACUACGUACCGAAGGUUAAUAGCAAAUGGGAUGGAUUGCCGAACAGCGCGAAGCGAAAGAGCAUAGAGUCUUCGAAGGCAUCAAGUCACCGACACACAGACUCUUCAUUCUCAAGUGCGACGAAGCGAUCAGACUGGACCGCCGUGACAUCGAAUUCUGCAGGUUCAGCAGAGGCCAGACGAGCGUUUGGAAGCGCACUUUCAUCGCCCACGUUCCCAAAUCGACCUUCGACAACGAAUGCUCCAUGGUCACCAGAUGACUGGAGAGUUUCAACGAGCGCAUCCGCAAGACCGCGGCCAGGCUCUGGACUCCAAGCGCAACCUAUCGAAGAAAGCGAGGAGAAUAAGCCUCAGACCUUUCUACUUCCACCAUCUCCAGAAGGACAUGACAAGAUAUUACUGCCCGACACGAACUUGCCGCUAUCGCCUCUGUCACCACUCACGCCUCCAGAGCUCGAACGUGACGACAUUGGGUUUAUGCAACGCUUCUUCAGCAAAGGCUCGCCUCCAAACAGGCAGGCUGUCGAAAUGCCUGCUACCCCUCCAACCAGCGACAAGGAUGAGGAGCCGAUGCUGAUUGGGAUACACUAUCCUGAGCUGGACGCCACAGACGUAUAUUAUCCCCGGGCAGCUUCUCCUGCUUUCGAUCACGCCACGAUUGCAGAUAGCCAGGCAGAUCGCAAAGCAUCAGGGAGCCCACCUUCUUUCGCCGAGUUCUGCCGUCGCUCUCCGAUCAACUUCAGCAGGCCGCGAUCACGACUUGCAAGCAGUCCGAAGUCAGAACAGCCACCGCAGCUUAGUAUUGAUGCUAUAGCUGAACAAGCAGCUCCCGAAGCGAGUCUAUCUUUGUCGCCAACAUUGGUGAACGACAGUGGUCGGAUCGAACCUUUCCUCACCGACACUUUCGCAAAUCACUCGCGAGAGACUGGUCAUAUCCCACAGCGGGUCUCGAGUACCGUAGAUCCCAGCUCAAGGCACACCACUAACAUGCUAUUGGACGAAUCGGAAGAACCUUCUGAUGCAGAAGAGGAAGAGUAUACGGAGGACGAGGACGAAGAAGACGUCAUUACCCCAUCCGCAGAGAACGUGCAGCCCUCUGAUUCAGCCUCCGACUCCAAAGGUUCUGUACAGCCCGAUACUGUGCUCCGCACCACCAACAGUCGAAAUUCGCUCGCGCCCAGCUUCACUCCAUCCGUGAUGAGCGAGCAGUGGCAUCAAACGCCCAAGGAAAGACUGGGGUUAGGCAGUAAAGUGCGAAAAAGCGAAGUGCUGCCGUGGGAGAAUGCGGAAGAGACGGGCAAUGCGGCGGAGGGCCCUAGACGACCAAUGUCGCCCGCAACCGAGAGUAAGCGGAAGAGGAUGAGUAUGAAGCUGGGUACGAAGAGGUAG